GCACGCAGAUUUCAUAAAUGGGCUCUCCAGCUUACUCGAUGUUAAUUGACGCCAACGAUCGCAAAGGCAAAGUCAUCGAAGAAGACGCAUUUCUUGAAUUCGUCGAUUAUGCGAGGUCGGUGUUAUCAUCCGAAGAUAAACAGGAGUUCGACGGAGUAGUAGAUGAUAACACUGGGCCUGGUUGGAGUUGGAUUGUGUCUCGAAUUCUCAGAUGCUGUAUUGCUUAUUCAAGCGGUGUCACUGCUGCUAUUCUCCUCUCUGAUCUUUCACAGGCUUGGAAUGAGCAUCAGAGGGCUGGGGCUUCGAAAAGAAGGCCUCAAUGUGCUGUUCAGUUGAAAAGGAAGCACAAGAGAACAAGGCUCCCCAACACUGUCACCAUUGAUUCUAUAUAUGAGAAGAAUUUCUUGUCGGAAAACAGCAUUCUAGAAGCUGUGGUUGUGGACGUUUUUGUCAUUCCAGGUACAAAUAUUUAUAUGCUCAGUUUAGGCGAUAUUUGGAGCUCCAGCACAAUUGAUUUAUACCUACAUCGCAGAUACUAUGACUUGGUUGAUCCUGAGAAUGGAAUUCUGAAGCAAGGACGAGAAAUCUUUCUUACAGGAUGCUGUUUGCGUAUUACAACUGAAGGCUCUGGAUAUCCACGACUUUUGCCAACUGAGUAUCUAGUAAUACUGUUAGAUGAAAAUCAAGAUGAAGAUGCAAUGCUGCUUGGAGCUCAGUUCUGUUCAGAUUCUUUCUCUUCCAUCUCAUUAGAUGCUUUCAAGGAUGGGACUUCAUAUUCAUUUUAUGCAAGGAUUGAAUCAAUUGGGUCAUUGGAACUUCAGGGAAAGUUUAGUAGUUUGCAAAGGAAACAAAUCACUCUUGUUGAUAAUGAUGGUGUCAAGAUAAAUUUUCUCUUGUGGGGUGAACAGGUUCUCCUUGCAAAUAUUUUCAGUGUUGGAAGUAUGCUUGCAUUGGAUAGACCUUUUAUUGCAAGCACCAUAGACAGCAGCACUGAAACUGUUGAGGAGCUUUGCCUCGAAUAUGGUAGUGCAACACAGUUAUAUUUGGUGCCAUUUAUUCACCAUGAAGAACAGGUAUGUGUGGCAUCGACACAAGGUCGGUAUCAUGGAUCAAGGCUGCUGAAUGCAUUGGGUGAAAGUCAGACUCCUACAGUUUCUCAAGUGACAUUGCCUUGUGAUUCUCGAGGCUCAAUUGACUUCAGUAAUUACCCCUUCCGGCCAUUUGUGGUUGAUCUUCGAGACAAGAUGACUAGCAUCAGCCUUUAUGGUGUUGUUAAAGGCAUCUUUCGGGACAGGAACACAGCAGAAAAUAUUUUUUCUUUGACAAUUGAAGAUGCAACUGGAAUAGUUUCAGUAAAGCUGCAUUUUGUUGGAUCUUGGUCACUUGGAAGAUUAGGGAUCGGUAACAUGAUAUAUAUCUCUGGCUUGACAUGCUAUAUGACGGCACAAAAGCGGCUUGAAGUUUCAUGGUUUGAAAAGGAUGUUGGAGCUCAAGUGGUUAACCUAAGUUCCUUGCCAGCAUUGAUAAACUCCUCUUGUCUUCAUAAGUUAUCAUGUCUUUCUGAUCUCUCCAUCCAGGCUAAUGCCACACAUAUAUGCCAUGUUCGGCUUAAUCAAAUCGAGCAUUGUCACGUAGAUACAAGAUUUUCACAUGCCCUUUGUGGCCAUUUUGUGAAUGAUAGACCUGAUGGGCAUUUGGAAUGCAACUUUUGUUGCUGUACUUGUGAUAAAGAAGUCAUGCACACCUUCCUUCUUAAGAUAACUCUUGCAGACAAAAGUGCAAAGGUUUUUGCAUGGUGUACUGGUCAAACUGCUGCAGAAUUGCUGCAAAUUUCUCCUGUUGAAUUCUAUGAGCUGCCUGAGGAAGAACAGGCUAUUUAUCCUUCCUCGCUUGAGAAUGAAAAGUUCAUGGUAGCUAUUGUAAACUGCAAAAGGGAAAGAAAUGGGCUUUGUGGUGGUCUGGACCUAGGACAUGAUCCAGUUAUGUGGGAGAUAACUUGUGCUCUGAAAUGUGAGUGAUCUGUUGUUCAGAGAACUCAUUUCUGACAUGUCAUUUCUAUUUGAGAAAAGGCGAAUAUAAUUUCAGGAGCUAUUGGUAAGGUAGUUUGAAAUGACCAGAGCUUGAUAGCUUGUAACAUUAGAGAAAAGUUGGCUCAAAAUUAGUUUAGAUUGUUGCAGGAUAUAAGUCAAGAAAAAUCAGCAUUAAUAGCUAAUUUAACAUUUUAAAGU